UUUAUAUCCGCCAUUCACUGCGGAGCUGCAACAUGGAUGCGCCCAUUCGAGAAUGGCAGUGGUAGGAUAGCUAUGCUAAGCAAAGGGACAUUUCAAUGAUUAAGAAUAUGUUGAAAUUACGAAAUCUCAGUGAAUUGACCUCCAUGGUUGCUGGUACACGAUCUAAAACAGUAUCUGCAGUUUCCACAAUUACCAGAUUAGAUAAGAUGAUGAAAAAGAUGAAGAAAAAAGACGAAAGGAGCGAUAAAUGGUUUCUGACUCCAUUAAGCUCACAAAAAGGUCCCAAACAUCAUACUGGAAAGGCUAGGUACAGUACAGCAGGAACCAAGAGGAAAGCUGAACACAUCAGUAACCUACUGUUUGGUCCCAUCAGUCAGAUUAUGUGUAGAGGAGUGCUGGACUCCAGGAUUAAAGUGGAGUUAUCACAGGUCAGUAUCCUGGCAGAUUUCAGCCUCAUUAAAGUACAUUGGUUAGCCUGCGACAAAGUGGACCACAUACUGACAGAGGGAAUUCUCCAGAAAAAGGCUGUGGCUUUGCAAGACCUAGUGAAAGAACUUCAAAUUAUAUCUAAUGUGCCACCAGUCAAGUUUGUGAAGGAUAUGUCACUAGCAAGUGUCCAGGAGGUGGAACGGCUUCUCCAACAGGUUGACCUGGAUCUGCUCGACGAGGCUACGGACAGUGACGGAGAAACCACGGACAGUGAGAUCACAGAAACUAGGCUGGAAAUACCUGAGGAUAUACCUGUAUCUACAGCAUUUAAAGAUAUAUCAAAACGCUUCAGUUCAGAGGACACAAGUUACCAAGUAAAUGAGGAUGAGAACACGGAUAUGAUAUCUAGCCACAAUAGGAUACAACCAACAGACCUCACCAACAGAUUUAGACAAGACCUGUAUGGCAUUGACCAUGAAGCUAUGAUGCAAAAACUGAAGACACUCAAGUCUGGUCUGCGAAAAAAGACAACUUUUUAUGAGGUUGAACCUGAGAUAGUUCAAACCAAUAUAGACAGGAAACAGGUCAGAGAACAAUACGCUAAAAUGUUACAGAUUCAGAGAAAUCAGAGGCAGAUCCUGAGGAAGGAGAGAAAAAAUAAAUACAAUGUGUAUUAUGGGAGAGAUGGAAAUGAUGAUUUAGAAGAUUUUCUUUUUAGAUAACUGGCCAUGGUCUGAUGACUGCUUUAAGUAUGUAAUGUGUACAUGUUCCAUCACCUAUAAAUUCCACAUAAAACAA